UGAUCGAAUAAACUGUCAUCACUGACGGCUCGUUUCCCUCAAAAUAAUCGAUUUUCCCUUUUUCGUUCUGUCAAAACUCUGCGGACUGUCGCUCGUUCGCAAAGCGAGAAAACGACGACGAGACAGGAUCGAAUCGAAAAAAAUCCGGUUCAGCUAGGCUUUAUACCAACGACAACCAGCCAUGGCAUCGCUCCUGAAGCUGUCCAGCACCCUGCGGGUGUGUGGCAACGGAACCAAACUGAUCCAGCGUCUGAAGUCUUCGAAUGCCGCUGACUUCCGUGCCGCCUUGGUCAACGUUCCCCCGACGGAGGUGACCCAGCUGGACAGUGGUCUGCGAGUGGCCAGUGAGGAUUCCGGAUCCCAGACGGCCACCGUUGGUCUGUGGAUCGAUGCCGGAUCGCGGUACGAGGAUGCCCGCAACAACGGAGUGGCCCACUUCCUGGAACAUAUGGCCUUCAAGGGUACGGCCAAGCGUUCCCAAACCGAUCUGGAACUGGAGGUCGAGAACAUGGGUGCCCACCUGAACGCUUACACUUCUCGCGAACAGACCGUGUUCUACGCCAAGUGUCUGUCCCGGGAUGUGCCGAAGGCCGUCGAAAUCCUCUCCGACAUCAUUCAGAACUCCAAGCUGGGAGAGGCUGAAAUCGAACGCGAGCGUGGCGUGAUUCUGCGUGAGAUGCAGGAAGUGGAGAGCAACCUGCAGGAGGUGGUCUUUGACCAUCUGCAUGCCACCGCCUACCAGGGAACUCCCCUGGGCAACACCAUCCUGGGCCCGACCAAGAACAUCCAGUCGAUCGGCAAAUCGGAUCUGCAGGCUUACAUCGAUUCGCACUACAAGGCCCCGAGGAUCGUGCUGGCCGCGGCCGGUGGCGUCAAGCACAACGACCUGGUCAAGCUGGCGCAGUCCAGCCUGGGCAAGGUCGGAAGCACCUUCGACGGUAAGGCGCCGCAACUGUCGGCGUGCCGUUUCACCGGAUCGGAAGUGCGCGUUCGUGACGAUUCGCUCCCGUUGGCCCAUGUUGCCAUUGCCGUGGAGGGCUGCGGAUGGACCGAUCAGGACAACGUUCCACUGAUGGUCGCCAACACGCUGAUCGGUGCUUGGGAUCGCUCGCAGGGAGGUGGCACCAACAACGCCUCCAAGCUGGCCGCCGCUGCCGCCGAGGACAACCUGUGCCACAGCUUCCAGUCGUUCAACACCUGCUACAAGGACACCGGCCUGUGGGGCAUCUACUUCGUGUGCGAUCCGCUGAAGUGCGAAGACAUGGUCUUCAACCUGCAGAACGAGUGGAUGCGCCUGUGCACCAUGGUCACCGACAGCGAGGUCGACCGCGCCAAGAACCUGCUGAAGACCAACAUGCUGCUGCAGCUCGAUGGAACCACCCCGAUCUGCGAGGACAUCGGUCGCCAGAUGCUGUGCUACAACCGCCGUAUCCCACUGCACGAGCUGGAGAAGAGGAUUGACAACGUCAACGCCCAGAAUGUCCGUGACGUCGCCAUGAAGUACAUCUUCGACCGUUGCCCGGCGAUAGCGGCCGUUGGACCGAUCGAGAAUCUGCCCGACUACAUGCGUAUCCGUGCUUCGAUGUACUGGCUCCGAGUUUAAGGCGGAUGCGCCACGCUGGGAAGGCGAUCAGUAACAGUAAUCAUCCCUAUAAGAUAUCCCUAACGAUGCGUUUGAUGUUGGAAACAAUAGAAGCGAAAUUGGAAAAAAUGGUGCAAAUCCUUACCGUAAGCCACCUGCCGUGAGAAACUACCGAGGAUAGUAAAUCGAUAAAACAAAGGAAAGUAUUUCCAAAGGAAGCGAAAACAUGAAUUCAAUAGUGUUGGAACAUUUUACUGUAAUCCACAAUUAAAAAAAAUCGGUAAAACACA